AAAUAUCAUUUUGUGUUGGCAUAUUUCUCUCCUCAUCAUCAGCUGUGUAGUGUAGUUGAUGCCUGGCGUCAAAGUAGAUAUGGAGCAUGUGAUAGUUGAAUCUCAAGAAAUGGAGAAAGAAGAAGAAGAAGAAGUAAAGCCUCAAAAGACAAAGCGAGUUGCUUCCCUUGAUAUUUUCAGAGGCCUCACUGUUGCACUGAUGGUCUUGGUUGAUGAUGCGGGAGGAGAAUGGCCUAUGAUCGGGCAUGCACCAUGGAACGGUUGCAAUCUUGCAGAUUUUGUGAUGCCAUUCUUUCUGUUUAUUGUGGGAAUGGCCAUAGCUCUUGCAUUAAAGAGAAUACCAGAAAAGGUAGUGGCCAUCAGAAAGGUGAUUCUAAGGACACUCAAACUUCUAUUUUGGGGCCUCCUUUUACAAGGGGGUUAUUUCCAUGAUCUUGACAAGCUAAAAUAUGGUGUUGACAUGAAUAGGAUAAGGUUGUGUGGCAUCCUUCAGAGAAUUGCUCUCGCUUACUUAAUAGUGGCCAUAAUAGAAAUAACAACAAGACAAGCCCAAUGCAAAGAACUACCAAUGGGAUGGUUCUCUAUUUUCAAGUUAUACAGCUGGCAAUGGGUUAUUGGAGCAUGUGUUUUAGUAGUUUACUUGGCCACAUUAUACGGAACAUAUGUUCCUGACUGGAACUUUGUUGUCCAGAACCCGGACAGUGUUGAUUUUGGGAAGACUUUAACUGUGACUUGCAAUGUGAGAGGAAAUCUUGAUCCUCCUUGCAAUGCAGUGGGUUAUAUUGACAGACAGAUACUUGGAAUCAAUCACAUGUAUCCACGUCCGGCUUGGAAGAGAUCCAAGUCUUGCACUAAAAAUUCUCCAUAUGAGGGACCUUUCAAGGAUGAUGCUCCAUCAUGGUGUUGGGCUCCUUUUGAACCUGAAGGAAUUCUGAGCUCAAUUUCUGCUAUUCUCUCUACGGUCCUUGGAGUUCAUUUUGGGCAUGUUCUUAUUCAUAUGAAGGAUCACUCGUCCAGACUUUUGCAUUGGAUUGGCAUGGGCAUAGCUCUUUUAGUUUUAGGAAUUAUUCUCCACUUCACAGAUGCUGUUCCUUUAAAUAAGCAAUUAUACACCUUCAGCUAUGUCUGUGUAACCUCAGGAGCAGCCGCGUUAGUGUUCUCUGCUUUCUACAUUCUGGUUGACAUUUUGAACUUGAAGUAUAUAUUUCUUCCACUAGAAUGGAUUGGUAUGAAUGCAAUGCUUGUUUAUGUAAUGGCCGCCGCAGGAAUAUUUGCAGGUUUCAUCAAUGGCUGGUAUUACGAGGACCCUCAUAACACACUGAUAUAUUGGAUCAAAAAGCACAUCUUCAUUGGAGUGUGGCAUUCAACAAGAGUGGGAACACUUCUUUAUGUCAUCUUUGCUGAGAUAUUGUUUUGGGCUAUUGUUGCUGGCCUACUUCAUCGAUUAGGUGUAUACUGGAAGCUUUAGUUCUGAUGAAAUUUGCCUCUUUUGCUUGAUUGUUAUCUUAGGUAAGAUAUAGCAUUGUAUGUACUUGAAACUAGAAAAAGCUUCAGCUAGACAUGGAUCUCAGUUUGAUUUCUCUCU